AGCGCGUGUCAGGCCCGGGGGGGCUCGGCCCCCUCAAUUCAGCUACAAAUGUAACAAACAUCAGGAUGAAUCUCUCAAAGCCUCUGGCGCCCUGACUCCCUGUGCGGAGCGGGUGCUGCAGCCUCGACCAAGCUUCGAUGAUGGGGAAGGUUCCCUCGUUCUCCCCCGGCUCCACAGUGAGCUCCGCUCUGCCCGGCUACGUCGCUCUCUUCCUCGCUCUACAGGUUCACAGGCUGGCGUCAGAACAGUUCACAGUGAGGGGACCUGGCCACCCGAUCACUGCCUCCCUAGGCGGGGAGGCCGUCCUGCCCUGCCACCUCUCCCCCAGGAUGAGCGCUGAGAACAUGGAGCUGAGGUGGUUCCGAUUCAAGUUCUCUGCAGUUGUGCACCGGUAUAAGGAUGGGCAGGAUCAGUACGGACAGCAGAUGCCGGGAUAUCAGAGAAGGACAGAGCUGCUGAAAGACAAUAUCACCAGUGGGAGUGUUUCCCUGAGAAUACGCAAUGUCCAACUUUCUGACCAUGGACAGUACACGUGUUUCUUUCAGUCCAAUGUUUCGUAUGAAGAAGCCUUACUGGAACUGCAAGUGGCAGUUUCAGGCUCUGACCCCCACAUCUCUGUUGAUGGCCACCAGGACGGAGGGAUCUGGGUUGUGUGUCGAUCGGCAGGCUGGCAUCCAGAACCUGAGGCUCAGUGGAGAGAUCACCAUGGGCAGCUGUUAUCAUCUGCCUCUGAAAAAAUAUCUAAGGAGGCCAACGGCCUGUUUCACUGGCAGAUUUCUAUUGUUAUAACAGAACAUUCCAACCAGGACUUGUCCUGUUCUGUCAGGAACCCACUCCUCAACCAAGAGAAAAUAUCAACAGUUUCCAUAGCAGAGCUGUUUUUCCCAAGGGUCAAUCCCUGGAUGGUGGCUCUAUGGGUGAUCCUGGCUGUUCUCCUUCCCCUGGCCGGUUACUGCUUCUGGAGGCAACACAGAGCGAAAGAGAAGCUGCGAUCUGAACUGGAGAGCAAGAAAGGUCAGUGUCUGGGGCCAGUUACAUUAACUGAUGUGACUCUGGAUCCAGACACGGCAAAUCCCUGGCUCGUCCUGUCUGAGGAUCGGAAAUGUGUGAGAUAUGGAGACAAACGCCAGGAUCUGCCCGACAACCCUGAGAGAUUUGAUCCUUGUAUCUGUGUCCUGGGCGCUGAGGGGUUCACGGGCGGGAAGCGUUACUGGGAGGUGGAGGUGGGAGACAAGACGAGAUGGUACCUUGGGGUUUGUAGGGAAUCUGUGAGCAGGAAGGGGCAGGUCACACUCACACCUGGGAAUGGAUACUGGGCCAUGGGGCUGUGCGAUGGGGGAUACGAGGCCCUCACCUCCCCCUGGACCCCCCUCCCUGUGAGCGUCAGGCCCAGCCGGGUGGGGAUUUUCCUGGACUAUGAGGCGGGCGAGGUCUCGUUUUACAAUGUGACUGACAGGUCCCAUCUCUUCACUUUCACCGACAUCUUCUCCGGGACGCUCCGCCCUUAUUUCCGUCCUGGUCACAAUGCUGGGGGUACAAACGCGGCUCCCCUGAUCAUCUGCCCGGUUCCAGCUCAGGCCGGAGGGAAUCUCUGUCCCUGACAGUGACCCCGCGGCACAGACUGGCCCCUCCCAGCCCUGCUGCUCUUCCCGUCCCUGUGGUGGGGGCCAGUUACUGCAGCAACUGGACUUUCUGAGGUGACCGGACGCUGCCAGUUUCCCUUUUCAGCUGGAGGUUCCAGUCGAAAA